GUGAUGCCGUGCUGCUCCCUGCCCACCCUCCCGCUGGCACCCCCAGGACUCCGGGAGCGGUUGCGGUGCUGGGAUGGAUGAGCGGCUGCGAGAGCUGCGUCUGCGGGAGGAGAGGACCUUCCUGCAGAGCGUGGCGCGGGAGGAGGCCACGGAGCACCCCCUCAGUCGGCGGCACAGUCGGGCACCCGCCAUCGUCCCCGAGCCCCUCACCAACGACGCUGCUCUCUGUGUGCCCAACAGCCCCAAGUCGCGCAGGGACCUCAGCCUGAUCGCGGAGGCGGUGGGACGCAGCGAGUUCCUGCGGCGCCUGGGCGAGGGCUGCCCCGAAGCGCUGGCCCAGAGCUUUGCCCCCGUCUGGCACGGCCCCGGGGACACAGUGCUGGCCGAGGGCACCGAGGGCACCGCCAUGUACAUCGUGGCAGAGGGGCAGCUCAGCGUGAGCCAGCGGGGCCGGCAGCUCCGCAUGCUGGGGCCGGGUGAUGUGUUCGGGGAGCUGGCCAUCCUCUACCACUGCAAGCGCACUGCCACGGUGCAGGCACUCAGCCCCGUGCGCCUCUGGGCCAUCGACAGGCAGCGGUACCGUGCCAUCGCCACCAGCAACGCCAAGCAGAGACGAGCCGAGAUCCUGGGGUCUCUGCGAACGGUGCACUGGCUGCGGGACCUCUCCGACAGCCACCUCUGCAAGCUGCUGGAUGCCAUGGAGGAGUGCACCUUCACGCCCGGCCACGUCAUUAUCCACGAAGGGGAUGAGGGGGAAAACUUUUACAUCAUCCUGAAGGGAGAGGUGCGGGUGAGCCGGCGGGUGGACGGGCAGGAGAAGCUGCUCCGUGUCCUGGGCGCUGGCGAGCACUUCGGGGAGCUCUCCCUGCUGCAGAACAGCCGCCGGACAGCGUCGUGCCAGGCCCAGGGACACGUCACCUGCAUCACCGUGGCCAAGGAAGACUUCCUUGAGAUCAGCCCCUUCUGCCCCCGGCAGCUCUCAGAGCCAAACACGUCUGAGACAGAAGCGCCUGCCCUGGAAGGUCCCGGGAGGGGUUGGGGGUCCCCGAGCCUGCGGCAGCCCCUGGCACCGGUGCGGCUGGAGGACCUGGUGGCCGUGCACUACGAGGAGGGGCCGCGGCAGGGCCAGCGCGUCAUCCUGGGCACCGGCGGCUUCGGCAGGGUCGAGCUGGUGCGGUGCGGGGAGCGACUCUUUGCGCUGAAGCAGAUCCGCAAGGACUGGGUGGUGCGGACGCAGCAGCAGGAGCACGUGCGCACCGAGCGGCGGGUGCUGGCGGGCAGCCGCAGCCCCUUCGUCGUGGGGUUUUUCGGCACCUUCCGGGAUGGGCAGUACGUCUACCUGCUGCUGGAGUUCUGCCAGGGCGGCGAGCUGUGGACCAAGCUGCGUGAGAUGCGCUGCUUUGAGGAGCCGCUGGCCGUGUUCUGCUGUGCCUGCGUGGUUGAGGGUCUCGAGUACCUGCACGGCCGCGGCAUCGUCUACCGCGACCUGAAGCCCGAGAACCUCAUGCUGGACCAGCGCGGCUACGUCAAGCUGGUUGACUUUGGCUUCGCCAAGGAGCUGGGGCGGGGGGAGAAGACCUACUCCUUCUGCGGGACCCCCGAGUACCUGGCGCCUGAGAUGCUGCGCCAGGAGGGCCACGACUUCGCCGUCGACUUCUGGAUGCUGGGCAUCCUCGCCUUCGAGCUGCUGGUGGGCAGGCCUCCCUUCCACAGCGCCGACCCCCAGCAGAUCUACAGUCGCAUCCUGGACGGCGUCUUCUCCUUCCCCGCUUUCCUCGGCGAGGCCGCCUGCUCCCUCAUUGGCAAGCUCUGCAGGCGCCGUCCAGGUCAGCGCCUGGGGAACACGGCCACCGGCAUCCGCGGCAUCAAGAAGCACAGGUGGUUCGGGGCCGUGAAGUGGAGGAAGCUCUCGCUGCGGCAGCUGGAGGCACCCACCCUGCGGCUCAUCAAGGAGGGACCCCCCUACGUCAACUUCAAGCGUUUCUCAGUCGACUGGACACCAGCAGAGGAUGAGUUCUCAGGGUGGGAUGAGGAUUUCUGAUGGCAGCAGGACCCCCCCCCAGGCCGGGCUGGCUGUGCCCCCUCCCCACUGCACCCCUGGGCCGGGGCGAUGCCGGGGGCUGCCCUGUGGCCUCGUGCUCUCCUGGGUG